AAACUGCCCUUUUCUUGGAGAAUUUUCCUUCGUUCACUUAUUAUUGUAUAAUAAUAAAGAAAAUCGCGGCAGCCAUGUAAAAUUAGUCAACCUUGUAACGUUACAAAUACACCGUCGUCGAAUGUGCAGAUUGAACCAACUCUUCUGGUGCAAAAAUGAGCCACUACAUCCCUCAAGUCAUUACAUGCAAAGCUGCUGUGAUAUGGAAGGCCGGGGAGGCGCUGAAGGUGGAGGAAAUCAAGGUGGAUCCUCCCAAAACGGGGGAGGUCAGGAUCAAGAUGCUCUUUGCCAGCGUCUGUCACACCGACAUUCUCUACCGCGAUGGCUUUGAUCAGACUCUGUUUCCGCGAGCUCUCGGACACGAAGGCGUUGGGAUGGUAGAGGCAGUGGGUGAAAAUGUGAAGAAUGUACUCAUAGGAGACAUAGUAAUGCCUGUAUAUUUGGGUGAAUGUGGGAGUUGCCUGAAUUGCAAAUCCGGAAAAUCAAACUUGUGCCAUGUUUACCCCUUGAGUUUAACCGGUUUAUUGCCGGACGGCACAUCAAGAAUGUUGAUUUCCGGCACGGGCGAAAGAGUGUACCACCUAAUUAGCUGCUCCACUUGGUCUGAGUACACUGUGUUCGACUCGAAUUAUCUGGUGAAGGUUGAUCCCAAGUUACCAUUGCCUCAUGCAAGCUUCCUGUCUUGCGGCUUUACCACUGGCUUUGGUGCCGCCUGGAGGACAGCCAGUGUCGAGGAGGGCUCAACUGUCGUUGUGCUCGGUCUUGGUGCUGUCGGGCUUGGUGCAAUAGGAGGAGCAAGAACACAAGGGGCAUCGAAAAUAAUCGGAGUUGAUCUCAUUGACUUGAAAGGUAAGAAAGGAACAAAGUUUGGAAUGACUGAUUUUAUAAACCCUAAAGACUCUGGUAAGUCGAUAUCUGAACUGGUGAAAGAGGCAACCGGGGGACUUGGUGUCGACUACUGUUUUGAGUGCACUGGAGUUUCAUCUUUACUAAGUGAGGCCAUCGAAUCCACCAAAGUGGGGCUCGGAACAGCAGUGUUGAUAGGUACAGGCACAGACCCUAUCGGACAUUUCAAUAUUGUUCCCUUCCUGUGCGGGAGAACACUCAAAGGAACCGUCCUUGGCAAUGUCAGAGUUCAAUCUGAUCUACCGACGAUAAUCAACAAAUCUGUGAACAAGGAGAUAGAUUUAGAAGAGUUAUUGACACAUGAGGUCUCACUCGACGAGAUCAACGAGGCCCUUGAGAUAACGAAGCAGCCAGAUUGUGUAAAAGUUCUCAUCAAAUUUUAGCAACUCACUCUAGUGUGACUAAAGGUUGUACUCCUGAUUGCUGUUUGUGCACAAAGGGUUGUGUUUAAGUUUUAAACAACCGCAUACUAAGAUGCCUAUAAAAUUAAACUUGAGAGCUUAUUAAUUGCGCAAGGAUUUCUUUCUGUUCUAAUAAUAUGGAUGCUUAUUCCA